UACAUUUUUAGCAUUGUGCUAUACCACAAUUUUAACAAUUAUCUAUAUUUAAAUACUAGCCAUCAAAACAAGAACUACAAGAAGUAUCGUUAUUACAUUUAGCACAUUAAGGCAUACAUUCAAAAGCAUAAAUUUCGAAUUCUGUAAUUCCAAAAGAUUUUAUAAAAGCGUUAUUAUCUUCAUAUAUUUCAUUAGAAAUUGUAAUAUCAAGUACAGUAUCAUUAGUUUAAAAAUCAAAAUCAGCUUAUUAGUAUUUUUCUUUUAUAAAUUUUCUGGCACAUAAUAUUUAAAAAGUAAAAAUUUUUUAUAAUGUUGCAGCAAGAAUUCCAUUUAUUUUAAAAUAUAAAAAUUCAAUUUAUAAAUCCCAAUGAUCAAUCAUUAUAUAUUAAAAGUUGAUUGAAUAUUUAUAUACAGGUUUAUUUGAUUUAACAUUUAAGGAUAUAAUACAGCUGUUUCCACAUAUUUAAAAUCCUCCUAAAACAGUUUUCGGACCGCAUUAAUAAGUUAUCGUUCCUCCAACUGAAGUAGAAAGGUUAAAACCACAAUCAAUAGCAUCUUAUUACGAAAAGUGUGUA